UAUUUUAAAAACAUUUUAGUAGAAUAUUGAUAAACCAAAAUGUCUGUAGAAGAAGAUACAGAAUUAAGAGAUCUUGUAGCACAAACGCUUGAAACGAAUGGAGUAUUGAACAAAAUUAGGGCUGAAUUACGAGCAAAUGUUUUUCUGGCGUUAGAAGAACAGGAUAUCUUACAGAAAAAAAGUAUAUCGAACAAACCAUUGAAGAACUUUCUAGAAACAAAGGAUGGACAAGAAGCUUUCAGUAUUGUGAGAGAAUUUCUUCAGUUUUUUAACUUGGAUUUUACCUUAGCAGUGCUGGAUCCUGAAAGUGAUUUUGCUGGAAAAUCAUCCUCCAGGGAAAACCUAAUUAAUGAUAUGAAUCUGACCAACAUGUCAUCAAACGUACCUGUACUAGUUGAUAUCAUGAAACGAAAGGGCGAAGGAAGAGUAUCCCCUCCUUUUCCAAAAAUUGGUAGCAAAAUUCCUCAACGUAUUGCAGACCCAAAACCUUCCAAAAAUGUUGACAUUAAUAAAAAUAAAGUCACCACGCCAGAAAAAAAGCCAACCUUACUUACAAACAAUGAUGAUGAUGAUGACUUUGAUAAUGAAGAUGAGCUCCUAAAAGAACUUGGUGUCUCUCCUUUAUCACACAAUACCAAUAGUAAAAAAAAUACAAAACCCAGUUGGUUAUCAAGCGACAAUCAUAAGAAAGAUGAGAAAUCAACAUUACCACCACAAGUUACUGGUCUUGGCUCCUUAAAAAAUGCACCACCUCUUGGUGGACUUGGUAAAAAUGCUUCACUUACACAAUCACCUUUAGAUGUGACGUCACCAGAAUGGGAUGAUUUAAUGAAAAUUGAUCAAAAGAUUAGUGAACUAGGAUUUGAAAUACCAAAAGAAGAUACAAGUUACAAAGAAAAGAAAAGUUCGUUAAAGGAUUCUGAUUUCAAUUAUGAUGAUGAUUUUAACCCGUCAAGUUCACAAAAAAGUGAUGGUUUGAGUAUUACAGAAGAAAUUGAAGAUGAUAUAUCAAUAGGAAGUUUUGCUGGAAGCAAGGGUGACGAAGUGUUAACAACCGAUCAAACUGUUUCGCAGAUCAGUGGUGUAGGAUUCGACUAUGGUGAGGAUGCUGAGUUGUACUGAGGAAAAAUGGAAGAAAGAUAUUAUUUUGUUUAAUAUAUUACCAUUGUGUGCAUGUUUAAGUAGAAUUCAGUAUAUAAACUUUAACAAAAUUAAUUUGCUUUUAUGUUUCAAAAGUAUAACCUUGAAAGUUGAGAAUCACUCAAGAUAAAAAAUCAGUGGAAGAUUAUUUCAGAAUAAUUGUGAAAAAUCUAAUUUUUGGUGUGGGUAAUAGUAUAAUUAAAAUCAAAUUUUACAAAUAUAUAUUAUUUGGAGUGAUGAAUUUUAUUUUAAUUUCUUAUCUUUACUUAAGGAAGUUGUGUAGUAUUGGUUUGUCAAAAACAAUGGUCCAUACACACUGUCAUAUUUCUUACAUUGUUUUAAAGAAAGCAUUAAGGUGUUGUUACAUUGUCUGUAAUGUGUAAGCAACAUCUAUUUAAAGUAUCUAACAAAACAAUUUCAAAUUUAGUACUCUACGCAACUGUAUAAAUCAUUUGUCCACAAGUGUCAGUGUGCAUUAGUUUUAUUUAUUAUGUAAAGUUUAACAUGUCAUGUUUUUUGCUGAUAAAAACAUUCUACAUUUUACAAAGUCUUUACUAUUCUCUGUGGAUUAACUGGAGUUGUUUUGUAUUUGUUCUAACUUAAAGAUAUUGCAUAGUAUUGAUUUGUCAAAGUAUGGUCCAUACACACUGUCAUAUUUUCCAUAUUCUUGUUUUAAAGAAAGCAUUAAGGUGUUUUUA